GAUGAGGAAAAAAACUAACCCAUCUCUCCCAGCUGGCUCUUCUUUUUUCUCUCUUCUCUUUAUCAUUCUUCCAUUGCCAUGCCUUCCCAAACCCAACAGCUUCACUUUGUGUUGUUUCCUCUUAUGGCCCAAGGCCAUAUGAUUCCCAUGAUAGACAUCGCAAGACUAUUAGCACAGCAUGGCGUGAUGAUCAGUAUAGUCACCACACCUCUCAAUGCUGCUAGAUUUAAAACAGUUCUUGCUCGUGCUGUAAAAUCUGGACUCAAAAUCCAGGUUUUUGAGCUCCAGUUUCCGUUCGAAAUUGCAGGCUUACCGGAAGGGUGUGAGAAUUUUGACAUGCUGCCUUCACUGGAAAUGGGCAAACAUAUGUUCACAGCUAUUAUCGAGCUUGAAAAGCAAGCAGAUAAAUUGCAUGAAGAGCUGAUCCCUCAGCCAAGCUGUAUAAUCUCCGAUAUGUGUGUUACAUGGACUACUAGAAUUGCUAGCAAAUGGAAAGUUCCAAGGAUCUCUUUCAUUGGUUAUAGCUGCUUUUGUAUGUUGUGCGGGCACAACAUGCGUGUUUCCAAGGUUCUAGAGAACAUAACCUCAGAAUCAGAAUAUUUCACUGUUCCAGGCUUGCCUGAUAAUAUCAAAUUUACUAAAGCACAGAUACCCUUCCUUGUGAAUUUGGAUGAACUCGCCAAUCGAAUUCUUGCAGCUGAAAAGGACAGCUAUGGUUUAAUUAUAAACACUUUUGAAGAGUUGGAGGCACCAUUCCUCCAACAAUACAAGAAAGCAGGGCAAUAUAAUAGAAUUUGGUGUGUUGGUCCCGUUUCGCAGUGCAACAAAGACACCUUGGACAAAGCUGAACGAGGUAAUGAGACAUGUAUCAAAGGACAUGAAUGUUUAAGGUGGCUCGACUCCUGGCAACCAGGAUCUGUAGUUUAUGCCUGUCUUGGAAGUCUUCCCAAUAUACCAACUUCACAAUUUACAGAGCUGGGCUUGGGCUUAGAGGCAUCCAACAGACCAUUUAUUUGGGUUGUAAGGGGAGGAGAAAGAUCAAAAGAAAUAGAGAAGUGGAUUUCAGAGACGGGAUUUGAAGAGAGAACCAAAGGAAGAGGUCUUGUGAUGUGCGGUUGGGCACCACAGGUGAUGAUACUGUCACACCCUGCAAUCGGAGGUUUCUUAACACAUUGUGGUUGGAAUUCAACACUAGAAGCAAUAAGUAGUGGCGUGCCUGUAAUCACAUGGCCACUCUUUGCAGACCAAUUUUGUAAUGAGAAGUUAGCAGUGCAGGUACUGAAGAUAGGCGUCAGAGUUGGAGUGGAGGUUCCUGAGAGGGGAGUGGAGGAAGGGCAGAAUGGUGUAUUGGUGAAAAAGGAAGAUGUUGAGAAGGCGUUGAAUGAUUUGAUGAAAGAAGGAGAGGAAAGGGAAGAGAGAAGAAGAAGAGUUAAAGAGCUUGCAGAGAUGGCAAAGAAAGCAACUGAGGAAGGAGGUUCUUCUUGUCUCAACAUCAAACUUCUAAUCCAAGAUAUCAUGCAGCACGUAAAUGAAGAAGCAUCGCCUCCUCCAAUUAAAUAUCCAGAAAAUUCCUAAAGUCCCUAGAAAAAUGUGGUGCUCUCUUCAAGAAGCUUCAACAAGUUUCUUCAUCCGUGCAAUUCUCAUCACCGGCGUAUGCAGAAACUACUGUACCAACUGCUAGUGAGAAUGAAGGGAACACUCGAGUGUGUGAGUGGAUUGUGUUUGAGUGGUGACAAUGUGUGCACGUGAAAACAUUUGUAUACAAUCGGUUACCGUAACAGCCCGAAACCGAACUGCUACCGGCACUAGGAUUCAGAUCGAUUUAAGGUCGCCGGAACCGUAGUAAGCCUGCUAUCCUGUUUGUGUACCUGUGAAAUCUCAUACAUGAUCAUUCUUGUUCUGUCAAACUAUUAAAACUGUUCUGAUACAUGAUCAUUCUUAUUCUGUCAAAUUAUUAAAACUGUUAUGUCCUCCAAGACUUAA